AUGUACGGCUGGUGCGGCGGCACGCCCGCGCGGCUGCUGGCUGAGGUCUACGACCCGCCCCCCAGGCUGGUGGCGUGGGAGCUCGACCCCCGGGUAAUCGACGCCUGCCGCCUGGGCAUGGGCCUGGAGGAGGUGUGCCGCGCGGCGGGCGGCCUGCAGGUGCAGCUGGGCAACCCCCUCGCGCCGGCCGCGUCGGCCCCAGGCGGCUUUGCGGCGGUGAUGGUGGAUUUGUUCAUCGACGGGAAGCUGCUGCCGCAGCUGAUGGACGCCAACGUGUGGCGCACGGUGCGGUCGCGGCUGGCAGACCCCGCCAAGGGGCGCGUGAUGGCGCACCUGGGGCCGGCCUCGGACGAGCAGGGGCGGCUGGUGCCGCAGACGGUGGUGGCGCUCAACGCCAUGGCGCGCGCAUUUGACGGCCAGGUGUACUACAUCGACCCGCCAGAGAACAGUCAGCUGGACGUUAUGGCGCUGACAGGGCCGCUGCCCGACAAGGAGGAGUGGGCGGCGGCUGUCGGGCCCAUGCUGGCGCCCUACACCGUUGACUGGGAGUUGUGGACUGUCGUGGAUGAGUCGGACUUCCGCGACGCGGCGCAGUACGAUGAGGAGGAUGGAGAGGAGGAUGAGCAGCAGCCGGAGGACGAGGGAGAGGAGGAGCAGGAGCAGGGAAGGCAGCAGCGGGAAUGGGGAGACCAGUGGGGGGCCGAGCGGAGAAGGUAG